CCCCCUCUGAUAGAGAGAGAGAGAGAGAGUGAGGGAUUCUUCUUUUAAAUAUUGUUUAGGCAGAGAGCUUUCGUUGCAGAUACCUCUCUUUUGGGCGUUUCGAUAUCGAUUGGAGAAAAAACAGAGAGAAGGAGAAGAAUAACAGAACAGAGAGAGUGAGAGAGGGAUCGAUCCUUUCAUCUUUUCCCUUUCUACCGUUUUGUCUUCUGCUGCUGCUGCAACUGCAGCGGACCCACAAAAGUACAAAACACACCGUCUCUAAAACCCCAAUUCCAGAGAGAGAGAGAGUGAGAGAGGGAGUUUUGAAUUGCAAUGGGAACUGGUUGGCGGAGAGCGUUCUGCACUUCGAUCCGACGAGAUUCGGAAACAGGGGAGAAGCAAACGGGGCAGAGUCCGACGAGUUGCACAAAAUUGGGGUUUUUCUCAGGUGGGAGCAAUCCUUCUACCCCGCGCUUGCAGUCGCAGCCUGUUUCCAGCCCUAGGCUGCGGUGUCGCACGACGGUGGCUGCUGCACCCACGGCGCACGAUAGCCCUAAGCUCCAAUGCAAGACGCCUCGGUUGUUCUCGAUCUCCAACCCGACUUCUCCCAAAUCGCCCGCGAGAUUCGCCCUUUUCAAGACCGGGUUUCGUCUUUCCAAAAAUAGCUGCGGGAUUUGCCUUCAGAGCGUGAAGACGGGGAAUGGGACGGCCGUUUUCACGGCGGAGUGCUCGCACGCCUUUCAUUUUCCGUGCAUCGCUGCGCAUGUUAGAAAGCAGGGCUGCCUUGUAUGCCCAGUCUGCAACGCCACCUGGCGAGAAGUGCCCUUGCUGGCUGUCCAUAAGCACCGUCUUCCCGAAGAGAAAGAAGCAGAGAGGAGAGAGGAUAGGAAAAGUGCGCACGAUAGCAGGAUCUACGACGACGACGAGCCGCUGCUUUCUCCGACUGGGUCGCGCUUCAAUCCGAUACCCGAAGCGGACGAAGACGAGGAAGAAAUCGAAGAAUUCCAAGGAUUCUUCACGAAUCCAUCCAAGCCGUUGAAAUUGGAAGUGGCUACUGACGGCCUGGAUUCGAAGAGGGUCGAAGCGAGAUUACUGCCGGAGGCAGCCGUGCUGGCUGUGAGCCGGGCCCACGAGACCUACGCCGUGUCGCUCCGAGUGAAGGCUCCGAUGACGGCGCAGAGUAGCACAAUCCCGGCGCACGGCAACGCGGCCGCGCCGCUUCUUGAUCCGGCUCGGCGAGCCCCGAUCGAUAUAGUCGCGGUCCUCGACGUCAGCGGGAGCAUGGCAGGAGCCAAGCUCCACAUGCUGAUGCGCGCCAUGCGGCUCGUUAUCUCCUCCCUCGGUUCCGUUGAUCGGCUCGCCAUCGUCGGGUUCUCCGCCGGCGCGAAGCGCCUGAUGCCGCUCAGGAGGAUGACGGCACAUGGCCAGCGUGCCGCUCGCCGAAUCGUCGACCGGCUCGUGUGCGGGCAGGGCACGUGCAUGGGCGAGGCGCUGAAGAAAGCCACGAAGGUCCUCGAGGACCGGCGCGAGCGGAACCCGGUCGCGAGCAUCAUGCUCUUAUCCGACGGCCAGGACGAGCGAGUAUCGAACAACGCCGCAAAUCGCCACCGUCGGCCCCAGCACGUGUCCUCCACACGCUUCGCCCACCUCGAGAUCCCCGUCCACGCCUUCGGCUUCGGCGACCAGCAGGCGUCGCACAUGCCAGCAGAGGACGCCUUUGCGAAAUGCGUCGGAGGUUUGCUGAGCGUGGUCGCUCAGGAUCUCCACCUCCACCUUGCAUUCCCAGCCGGAGAGAUCUCAGCCGUCUAUUCUGGCAACGGACAGCACGCGAUCCUUCGCAGUAACUCGGUUCGGCUAGGGGAUCUCUACGCCGAGGAGGAGAGGGAGCUGCUCGUGGAAUUGCGAGUGCUUACGUCAGCCGUUAGGGCCCACCACGUGCUGUCCGUUAGAUGCUCUUACAAAGACUCCGCGACGCAAGAGCUCGUCUCCUGCGAGGAGCAAGCGCUCGCUAUACCCCGUCCAUCCACCGUCCGAUCAUCCACGCCCAAGAUCGAACGGCUGAGGAAUCUCUUCAUAACAACAAAAGCCGUAGCCGAAGCUCGGCGCCUAGCCUACCACAACGACCUCGCCAGCGCGCAUAACUUACUAUCUUCCGCUCGCGCGGUUUUACUACAGUCAAGCCCAAUAUCUGCUGACGAGAACCUCCGCGGCUUAGAAACCGAGCUAACCGAGCUGCACUGGCGCCGGCAGCAGCAGCAGAUCCAACGGAGGAGAUUCGUCGAACCGGUAGUGGACGAGAGCGGGGAGCCGCUUACACCAACAUCGGCUUGGCGAGCCGCGGAGCAGCUGGCUAAAUUAGCCAUAAUGAGAAAAUCGAUAAAUCGGGUCGGCGACUUGCAUGGAUUUGAGAACGCCAGGUUCUAAAAGAUUAAAAGAAAAAAAAAGGAGAGGAAACGGUAAAGCGAAGAGCCCUCCCGCGCGUAGAAUAGCGACAAGCAGGACGAGACUGAUUCGACGCUUUCAAUCCAUUGAAUUGGUUGGGAGGUUUUGGGUUUUGUCUUUUGUCCAGGAUCAUCUUCAAAUAUUUUUGGAAACAGAGAGAAAAAGACUUCAGAUUUUAGAAAGAAAAAAAAGAAA